CUUCUGUUUGGAUUCCUGUUUUUCUGGUUUUGUAAAGAGGUUUUCAGAAAGAUUUAAAAGAUUGAACUGCGUCGUGGCGCAUGUGCAGCCUACAGAUGGUUGGCUCUGUUGUUGUUGUGCAGAGCCGUUUUCAGGCAGCUCAGGCUCUGACUGUAAAGCACGUGGUUUCCAGACAUGAGGGAGGUCAGAGGUGUUGUAAUCUGAUGAGUAGCUGUAACUGUAGCCUUCACACACAUAAACAAACACAUGUAACGUAGCCCACCAGAAAUUAACUCUUUACUAGCAAACGAUUAGUACGUGUGUGACUGAUACAUUUUGGGGAACAGUUUGUGACAAAGUUCUUAGUCACUGUGGCCUGUGAGAAGCUGCCACGCCUCCCCAGCAUGCUGGUCUGUGGGAGGAGGCUGAGGGCGAAGAAGAACGAGCAGGAGUGGCUGGGACGACAUGGAACAACUGUAAUCUGACUCCUACUUUCAGUUUGCCGUCCUCCCUGUAUACUCGCCAAACCCACUGGGGGUUAGAGGUCGCAUUCUUCGCACCGCUCUCCUCCUCCUAUUGGUCGAUGUACGUCAGGUUCUCUCUCCCUAUUUCCUGUUCGCUGGGUCAGUUUGCCAGGCUUUUGUUUAGCUUCCGUGUUUUUAAGGAGAACAGGUAUGUCCCGAUUAUCACGCUAACAAAGCAGCAUAUACAUCUGUGGCCUGACAGGAAACAGUGAAACAUGAUCUCAUGCAGAGGCAUCAUCCAGAUCUCUGCAGCGACGCUUUAAUGAGCCCCCGGCCUGGUUUCCCUGCUGCACGAGUGUGAGAGGAGUCAGCUUCUAUUCGUCUUUGUUCCCUGCAGCCGAUCUGCACCUUCCCUCAGUCCCUGCUGCGGCUGAACAAUCCCAGUGUGAUGGCGUCAGCUCCUCCCUCCCGGGCCGUCACCUCUUCGGCCAGCUCCCCUCGCCAAUGUCAAGGCGUUUCCUCUAAGAACCGGGACGACACCGACAUGCUGGACCGGAUCCUGGAGAAGCCCAGGCUGGUGGUGGUGGAGGAGCCCAAGGACAGAGGCAUGAGGUUUCGGUACGAGUGUGAAGGACGCUCCGCCGGCAGCAUCCUGGGGGUGUCCAGCACCGACACCAACAAGACUCAGCCUGCGAUUGAGAUCCAGGGUCCCGUUGAAUACAUAAAGAGGGUCACAGUCACCGUUUCCUUGGUGACCAAAGACCUCCCUCAUCGGCCUCACCCCCACUGCCUUGUGGGUAAAGACUGCCCGAUUGGUUCAGGGAUCUGUGAGGUCUCGUUGAACCCUAAGAGCAGCCGGCGACACAGCUUUGCCAACCUUGGUAUCCAGUGUGUGAGGAGGAGAGAACUUGACUCUUCACUUCAGAAAAGAAGAAGCCAAAAUAUCGACCCCUUUCAAACUGGUGACACGAAGGGCAUUGAAGACCUGGACAUGAACGCCGUGCGUCUGUGUUUCCAGUGUGAGCUCGAGUGGGAGGACGGCAGGAAGGACAGUCUCAACCCUGUGGUGUCCACUACAAUCUAUGACAAGAAGGCCACGACUACAUCCCAGCUGAAGAUCACCUGUUUGAACCAGAACAGAGGCUCCUGCUCGGGAAAGACUGAGAUCUACAUGUUGUGUGACAAAGUGCAGAAAGAUGACAUUGAGAUCAUAUUCCGGCGCGGUUCGUGGAAGGCGAAUGGGGAGUUCGCCCAGACAGAUGUGCACCGGCAGAUCGCUAUCGUGUUCAAGACGCCACCGUACCAGGACCAGAACCUCACGGAGGAGGUGGAGGUCAGCGUCUCACUGCGUCGCAUCUCAGACCAGAUGGAGAGCGAGUCAGUGACCUUCACGUACCUGCCACACAACCCAGAUCCAUAUGAGGUGAAGAGGAAGUGCAGAAUAAAGUCAGACAUCAGUUUCAGAGAGAAGACGUGUUUAACAGCAGAGUGUGCACCUGCAGCAGAGCAGCCCUUCCACUUCACGCAGCCUCACACCACGAUGCCUCCAGACAAGUGGCCUUGUGCCGGCCAGCCUGCAGCCUCUGCUGUCGGGGCGGCAUGUUAUAACGCGCCCCAGGACUCAAACAACCGCACAGAUGAGGCGGCCUUGCUUAGUCAGUUGCUAGAAAUGCCUGCAUUAUGGGAUAUGUUUGACUUUGAGAUGGAGCCUGACGGCAGCUCCACAUUUACCAACAUGGAGGUGAACUUUAACCAGAACAUUGGCUCGUACACUCAGGACUUUUCCCAGUACAGUGACCUGCAGUUCAACAUGCUGGUCAAUGAGAACCAGAGUCUGCAGUCAGAGCCACAGGACGGCCUCGCCAGCGAGGUUCAGGUGAAGAAAGAAGAGGCGCUAUGAGGCGGGGACCAUGUAGCAUCAUCAUCAAUGUAUUCUGUGCCCUUUUUUAAAGGAAUAGUUCUUUUUGGGCAAAUGGGCUGAUUCUCUUUCCUGCCAAGUGUAGAGGUACACAGUUAGCUUAGCUUAGCAUAAAGUGAAGGCAAUGUGAAAACGCUAGCCAUGCUCUGUUCAAAUCAGCACCUAUAAAGCUCUCUAAUGAAGACGUAACUCUGCAAGAAAUUAAGUUAAAUGCACUUCUCAAAAGGAAAACCUAUUUCUUUAACCUUUCGUGAUUUAGAGAAUAGACUGUAAAUAAAGAUGGAUGACACAUCUCCACUUCAUCCCACUAUCCAGAAAUUAAGCCGAAAUAUCCCAUAUACGAAUAGUGCCAUCUUGCUCAGUAGUGAUUGGGGAAUUGAGCUGCAGUAACAACAUCCCAAGUCAAAAGUCAGACUACAACUAAAUUACUAUGGUUUCAGACUGCGCCCGUUUUUCAAACUAAAUUUAUUUCCGCCCACACUAGCGUUUGGCUUCGGAUUAGUUUAAAUCCCUUUCCAUACUAACACGGCUUAGAACGCAUAUCACUUGACCACUAAUGUAUACUGGGCAUGCACGUGCCACUGUAAACAGGAACUAUCGCAAAUUGUCGAAUAAUAGCUAGUCUCCCACAGAUGUAAGCACUUUAUCAUUGCGAAAUGCAGAAUUCAACCGCGCAACAGCUGUUAGCUAAGACAACAGGGUCAGCAGCUACCUAAAAUGACAGAAACAAUUUUUGAUUAAAAUGUACGUGCACUUUGGCUUUUUAGAUGUCCCAUCCACUAACUAUGGAGGAGGCGGGGUUUAUGACUCUACAGCAGCCAGCCACCAAAUGGUGAUCAAGACGUCAAGUUGUCCAUCGUCAUAAACAGCCUGAGAUUUAGAGCCAGAAAAGUUCAUGUGGUCCAAAUCCAAGAUGGAGCACAAUGCCUCACUUGCUGCAGCUGCGUAACACUGUUAUGUGUCUGUAGUGUAAUUUAGUUUCAACUCAAUGUCCCCCUAUCCCUCCAUCUUUAUCGUUCCCUGAGAGCCUCGCUGGUCAAGGCUUUAAUGAUCAGGAGCAGCUUAACAUUUUUGAAUAUUUGUCCAUAAAUGCUGCUACCAUUGAAGUAUGAGAUUCUCACAGUACGAGUGGAGCUGAAAAAGAGAACUAACAAACGUCCCUCUUAAAAAAACUGUUGUGUUAUAUUUGGUGAGAUCAGUUUCCUUUAACCGAACACAACGCCGACAACUUUCCAGAUGUUUGAAAGGUUUUUAUUUUUCCUUAACUUUUUUUUUUUUAACUUGUAUUUAUUUGAAAGGGACAGUUAAUUGACAUGAGCACAAUGGUUCAUAUGUACCAGAGUUAAAAACGUAUUUUCAUCUACAGUCCACGGCAGGUGGAAGUUAAAAAGAAAACAAACAGAAAACAAACGUGCAUUUAUAUAUAUAUAUAUAUAUAUAUAUAAAUAUAUUCACGCUGAGGCAAAAUCCACAAUAUACAACAGUUUGUAGAAUAUAGGUCAAGAUGGUGAAUGUCCCUUGUAUGUUUGAAGGUCUUCUGCACAAAUAAAGUUACCAACUACCAGCAGAUGUUAGGGACAUAACUUCAGUUGUGUACCUUAGCGUCAUCAAGUGUUUUGGCCUUGUAAUGAACGAUACAGGCCGAACUUGAGGGUAUACGCUGAGGCUAAAGGUAAAUGUGACUGGCUACAUGGCUUGACUCUAUGCCUUUUUUAAUUACACAGAGAAGGGAAUUAGAUUAACAAUAACGAGACUAGUCCAGAGUCUCGUAUUUGACUGUUCAGUAACAAUUGUUUUACAGAUUUGGAAAAUGAGUUGAAAGUUGUGCUGCUCAAAAGGAAAAAGACUGAUUGUGAACAAGUACUUUUUCUAACAACACAAGUCUGAAGUUCUUCACAAUAUUCUUGUGUUUUUAAACAUUUAAUCCUCUUAAGAAACACUAGAAACCUGUCCUUGUUUUCAUAGUUCUGUCUGUGCUGUUUCAUCUUACUCUGCAGUCUAUUUCAAAUUUUCACUCGCACCUUGUCUCGUGUCCAACUCCACCCUCUCUCGCUGUAGCACUUCAUUGUAAAUAUCUCAAAGAAAAAAUUAAAUGUUAACGUGUUA